AAACUCCCCUGAUUCAACUCAUUGAGGGCUUGAUGAUAAAUUGACAAGUUGAAUUAGGUGUCCAGGGUCACAUCAAAAAUGUGUACUGUUGGGGGUACUCCGUGACUGCCGGAAGUAGGAUAACGGUUAUCAGUCUUAAAUUCCACAGACAGGAAGUUGUUUUCGACUUCUUACGGAUAAAAAAACGGAAUAACAAUUUUGCCUAUAUUUACGAAAUUAUGCACGUAUCGUUGUUUUCAUAAAACGUAGAGAAUAGCCUAUUUAAAAAAUUAUUCGUGUCACCUUUAUUUAUACAGUGUGUGUGUGUUUAGCCUGGAGUGCAAGAUGGAAAGUCGACCAUCAUACAGGCAGACAGUGGCUGGAAAGGGCAAGAUCCCCCCCCCCCCUUCUUCCACAUGGAAGAAUGACUUCAGAAUCCAAUAUUUAUCAUCCACACUGUCAUCAAAUCUCUCUGUACUUCUGUGUGUUUGUAUGUCUCAUCAUCAUUCAUUAUCUAUUAUGCAGGCUCAACCAGCCACCACAAGUCAUCUGUAGCCGCCAAGCAGCCACACAAGAAGCGAGUGUUCUCAACAUGUGCGGCCUUAGAUGGUGAAAUGUUGAAGAGGCUCAUCCAAAAAGAUGAGCAGCGAAGGAUCAGGGAACAGCGAAACUCUAGAAAAGGUUGGCUGAGGGCAUGGGGUGCUCUGCAGGACUGGAUGCAUCAGCUGUUCAGGAUCAUUGUGGCCUUCACAGAAGACCCCAUGUUUGACAAGUUCAUCCUGUUUGUGGUGGUGCUCAACACAGGGACCCUGGUGGCCCAGACAUUUGAAAGUGUGACUGUGAGAGGAGGGUGGUUCUUCUCAGCUUUGGAUUCCGCUUUUCUGGCAAUCUAUUUAAUGGAAUGUGUGCUGAAAUUGCUUGUCUGGGGUCGACUCUACUUCAAAAACCCAUGGAAUGACCUGGACUUUUUCAUCAUUACGAUGAGCCUCAUUGACUUCCUGCUGCCACUCAUUGAGUCUACAGGGAACUUCAGUGGAGGUCAGGCAUCCACAAUCUUCCGCAUCCUCAAGCUCUUUAAAGGGGUCAGGGCCAUCCGAGCGUUCCGGGUCUUGCGUACCAUCCGCUUUCUCCAAAAUCUCCAGUCCAUCGUGUCCACCUGUCUCCAGUCUCUCCAGUCCAUGGGGGCCAUCAUCAUCCUCAUGUUCACAUUCCUCUUCAUGUUUGCUGUCAUUUUCCGAGAGAUGUUCAACGAGUCUGACCCGCAUCGCUUUGGCACCAUGUUUCGGACAAUUUUCACUCUGUUCCAGCUGCUCACGUUGGAUGACUGGGCUUUCAUCUACUCUACCAGCCGAGACAACGGUGCACCACAUAUUAUCAUCUUCCUUGUCCUGUACAUUGUGGUGGAAUACUUCACUUUCCUCAAUCUAUUCAUUGCUGUCCUCGUCGACAACUUCCAGAUGACAAUCAAGAGACGGAUGGCGUCAAAGAUCCAAAAGUUCCAGGAUAUAUAUGAGAGCGAGAUGCAGUCAAUGAAGAAGUUAGAGCCCCAGCCCAUUGAACCACAGACCGAUGAGGAGUUCUAUGAAGAGGCCCUCAAAUUGACCUAUAGUGAAAAUAAGUAUGGAAAGAGGGAGAUAGAGCUGAUCACCAGCUACCUCAGACUGCUGGCAUCCAUAGAUCAGAACCAGCAGACUUUCCGCUCUCAGGGCUGUGUUCUGGAGCGUCUCAUUGACACCUUCUUUGAGGCAACAGAGGAGGACAGUCAGGGGAAUGACCACGAAUAGAGAAAUAAGGGUCAAACCUAGUAAAGAAACCCUUAUUGCUUUAUCCAGAUCAGUGAUGGCAACUCAGAUGUUAUACUUUGAGAACUCAUUAAAGUCAUGAAACCCA